UUUCGCCUUUCGCUUUUUUUUUCUUUCUCUUUUCCUUUUUUCUUUUCCAAUUUGUUAUUUUAAAGUCCUCAUCUGCACUUUAUUAUUUUAUAAAUUUCAGUCACUCUUUCAACUUUCAAUCUAAAUGGAUUCGUUUACAAAGUUCACACAAAACGUCAGCACGAACUGGACGCCGUUCGCGUCCAAAGUCGGGCGCAGCCUGACGCAAUACAAGCAACUGGCCACUGAAAAGCUUCAAAGCAACGUGGAAACCACAGCUCUUCCCUCAGACUACCUCCAGCUGGAAAGGCAAUUCGAAGCAACACGUCAGCAUACGCAAAAGCUACUUCGCUUAGCCAACCAUUUUAUCACCCCGCCGGCAUCCCAAUACGACAUGCAGGCUAUUCAGCAAACUGUUAGCUCUCUGACAGCAAAAAUAAACACUGCCGCCACUGCGGGUAAUUAUGGUGGUGCAGCCAGGGGUUCGGUGGUGGCGGAUGAGAAGGUGCCGGGGACUGUGGAGCAUGGGUUUUCGAGAGAAGCGUUGGAGUAUUCGGAGAAAAUCGGAUUGGAGAAUCCAUUGGGUGCGGCGUUGUUAAGUUCGGGUCGAUUGAGGAAAAGACUGAAGAUGGACUCUUCGGUGCAGAGAGGGUUUGUUGGGCCCUUGGAUGAUAUGCUCAGGGGUGGAAUCCAGAUGGCACAGACUGGGAGGAAGGAGGUUUUGGCUGCGAGACUGACUUUGGAUGCUGCCAAGAAGGAGUACCGCUCGGUUGCUGCUGUGGGGGCGGAUGCGCAGAGAGCGGCAGUGGAGAAAGCUGAGGAUCAUUUUGUCACGGUUAUUGAAGAGGCGAUGCGGCUGAUGAAGGCUGUGGUGGAAUCGCCUGAGCAUCUUGUAUUGCUCAGUGGGUUUGUGCAGAGCCAGUUGGCGUACCAUCGCGAGGCUGCCGAGUUGCUGGCUGAUUUGGCGCCCGAAAUCGAGGAAAUCAAGGUCACGCAGGAGGCCAUUUACCGCCACCAAGACAUGAAUUAAUCAAUUAAUUAAU